AUGCGGGCUCUGUUCGCCCGUGUGCAAUUGUUGGGUACUGUGGGCAACGUCUACUUCAAGGAACUGCAGAACGGUACCAAAUUCAUCCUGUACUCGCUUGCGGUCAAUCGCUACAACCCUCAAGAAGAAUCCAACAAGCAAACCGACUGGUACAGCGUCGCCGUAUUCGAUGAGAAGCAAAUCGCCACCUUUGAGAAGGUGUUGAAGCCAGGCAUGCAGUUGUAUGUCGAGGCUGACGCUAAGCAAAGACCUGUCACCGAUGAACAAUCGGGUGCCAACUACGUGUUCACUAGCUUGAAGCAGCGUUCGUUCGAUGUGGUCAGAUUUGCUAAGAGACAAGAAGACGUGGAAGAACAGCAAUGA